UCACAGAGUGAGAGAGCGGGCGAAUGAGCCAGCGCCUGUUGCUUGGCUGGUGCUGUUUUUGCUGGCAGUGGGUAGGGUUUGAUCACUGACAACAAACUAUUACAGAUUUUGCUUCUCCUGCUGGCUCCUUGAUCAGCCCAGAAUGAUGGGUUUAACUGCUUCGUCGCCAUAGCAGCCCUCAAUGGAUUGUUCUGAGAAGUUACAAGGAGAGCGAGAGGAUCUGUUUAAACCUGUGCGGGGAAACUGCUUUCUGAAGCUCUGAGCUUUACAGGAUUUUUUGUUUUUUUUGCGCCCCGCCAGCACAGGAAAGAGGAAACUGAAUGACCUUCGGAGCUGCUAGAAUCCAGCUGCCUGUGGAUUAUGGGUACAACUGCCAGCACAGCUCAGCAAACAGUCUCAGCAGCUACGUUUGAGAACGUUCACGGCAACGAGACCAUGGAGGACCGCCACUCGCUUAGCAUCCACUCCUGCCAGACGGUUGGCCUCCACAACAACAAAGCCAAGUCCAUCAUCACCAACAAGGUGGCGCCUGUUGUCAUCACCUACAACUGCAAAGAGGAAUUUCAGAUUCAUGACGACCUGCUGAAGGCCAACUACACAGUGGGGCGGAUUUCAGAGACCACGUCGGAACACUACCUUGUACAGGGGAAAUAUUUUAUGGUCAGAGAUGUAUACAGUAAAUUAGAUGUCUUGAACACUACAGGCAGUUGUGGAGCUCCAAAUUUCCGACAGGCCAAAGGAGGGUACGAAGUGUUUGGAAUGGGACAGCCCAGUCUGAAUGGAUUCAAGCAGGUGCUGCAGAAACUCCAGAACGAUGGGCACAAGGAGUGCAUCUUCUUCUGUGUUCGUGAGGAGCCUGUUCUAUUUCUACGCAUGGAAAAUGACUUUGUGCCCUACACGCCAAGAGGAAAGGAGAACUUGCAUGAAAACCUGCACAGCCUGCAGAGAGGGGUCAAAGUGGACAACAUGGAGCUUGCAAUUCGGAAAGAGAUACAUGAUUUUGCUCAGCUGAGUGAGAACACAUACUACAUCUAUAAUGACAUUGAACACUUCAAAGAUGAGCCACACUCCGUGACCAUCCAGCGCGAAGAGGACAUCCAUGUGAUGGAGGAGGUGUACAAGAGGCCUGUCUUCCUGCUGCCAUUUUACAGGUACCAUCGGCUGCCAUUGCCUGUGGAUGGGGCACCUCUAGAAGCACAGUUUGAUGCUUUCACCAAUUUCCUCAGGGAGAGUCCAAACCUGCUCUUGCUCCAGGACUCCAGCAGACUGCCUCCUGCUUUACUCUUCAGCUGUCAGACUGGCGUUGGCAGGACCAACCUCGCCAUGGUCUUAGGCACUCUGGUGCUUUAUCAUCGCAAGGGGGCAGCACAGAAACAAGACCUUCCACAUCCUGCUAAUACUUUGUCAAGGGACCGAUUUCAGGUUAUUCAGAACUUUAUUGACAUGGUACCAAAAGGCCAACAAAUCGUUGAGGAGGUGGACAGUGCCAUUUCCUGCUGCUCUGAAAUGCAUGACAUGAAGGAAGCCAUCUAUGAGUAUAAAAAGAAAUUGGAAGGGAUUGGAGAAGAUUACCAGAUUCAGGGGAGCAGCACCAAAGAGUAUUUCCUUCAAAGGACUUUGCAGAGCCUUGAGCGCUAUUUCUACUUGAUUGCUUUCAACUACUACCUUCAUGAGCAGUACCCCCUGGCCUUUGCCCUCAACUUCAGCAGAUGGAGGUGUGGGCACCCAGAGCUCUACAGGCUGCAGAUGAACAUGAACCUGUCAGAGCUCACAGUGACGGGGGAACUGAUAACAAAGGGGACGCGAGUGCUAGUGGCGGAUGAGCGUUUCUCCCCAGAUGUGCUCAGCACUGUCAAGGAAAUGAGGGUAGCCAACUUCCGGAGGGUCCCCAAGAUGCCUGUGUAUGGGAUGGCACAGCCCAACUCCAAGGCUAUUGGAAGUGUGCUAAGCUACCUAACUGAUGCAAAGAGGAAGUACUCCCACAUCACCUGGAUAAACCUCCGUGAAGAAGUGGUGCUGGAAGGGAACGAACAAAUCUACACCCUCCGGGAACCUGGGAACCUGGAACAACAGAUUACGGUGCCUGUUACAUCACCUGAACAACUAGAGAAAUUAGAGUCCACCUUGAAGAAUGACGUGCUGAAGUCCCAGAAGUGGCUGGAGGUGUAUCUGGAACAGGAGAAGCAGAUGAAGAUGUUUAAGAGUUGCCUGACCACACAGGAGAUACUUAAUCAGCACAAGAGCACAUGCCAGGGGCUGGUGUACAAACGAAUCCCAAUCCCAGACUUCUGUGCUCCCAAGGAGCAGGAUGUAGAUCGGCUGUUGGAGGCGAUGAAGAGUGCGCUAGCUGAGGACUCUCACACGGCCUUUGUGUUCAACUGCCAUAGUGGCAGAGGGAGAACCACCACAGCCAUGGUUAUUGCAGUCCUCACGCUCUGGCAUUUCAAUGGCAUCCCUGAGAUGAGUGAGGAUGAAAUUGUGAGUGUACCUGAUGCCAAAUACACCAAAGGGGAAUUUGAGGUGGUGAUGAAGGUGGUGCAGCUUUUACCAGAGGGGCACAGAAUGAAGAAGGAGGUAGAUAUGGCACUGGAUAUCGUGAGUGAGACCAUGACACCUAUGCAUUAUCACCUGAGAGAAAUCAUCAUAUGCACCUACAGACAGGGGAAAACAGCCAAGGACGAGAAGGAAAUGCGGAUAUUGCAACUGAGGAGCCUACAGUAUUUGGAACGAUACAUCUAUCUGAUCCUGUUCAAUGCCUACCUGCAUCUGGAGAAGAAGGACUCUUGGCAGAGGCCAUUCAGUGUCUGGAUGCGUGAGGUGGCGGCCAAGGCUGGAGUUUACGAGAUCCUGAAUCAGCUGGGGUUUGCUGAGUUUGAGAACCUAGAAGACAAGUCUCUCUCCAAGCUCCGCUAUCGCUGGCAGGAACAGAGCCGUAGCCAACUUCCAUUCCGAGGAGAGUUCAUUUAGGACCCGACGCUGUGAGGCACCUUAGGAAUUUCUACAUUUCUCCAGACUUGGCUGGUUCUCUUGCUUUUUAUGGGUGGGGGGAGGGAGAAUUUGCCUUAAGGAAAGACUUUGUUUCCAGAAAGAUUGGAGGGGGACGGGACACACCUUAAACUGACUUUAAAAAACAAAAAUUUAUAGUGUUCUGUUAGACACAAUAAAAAAUAUUGUAAAUUAAAUAACAGGUGUCUAAUUGAAAACAUUGUGUAACCUUUUAAAAAUAGCUCUGAAAUGUUUAAAACACAAUCUUCUGAAUUUAGUGAAUGUAUUAGCAGCAAGUGCCAAAUUUUUCAUGGCCUUCCUCACUUUCCCACUAUAGCAGUGCAGUCUAUGCACUAUAUAUAGAGAGAGUCAUAUAAAUGUAAAAGAAUUUGCAGGCCAACUUGGGAUUCGUGAAGAAUCCCGUAGGCACUAGAAUGAGAUCUGGAUUUUUAUGUUUGUGCGUAUUUAUUACACUUUUUAAAAUUAACUUUAUUAACAAACUGGAGGUGUUUGAGUAAAAUAUAAGCCAGGGGUCGGCAACUUUUCAGAAGUGGUGUGCCGAGUCUUCAUUUAUUCACUCUAAUUUAAGGUUUUGCGUGCCAGUAAUACAUUGUAACGUUUUUAGAAGAUU